GCCAACCAAUACUUGGUUAACGUAAAAUUAAAAAGUUAUAGAAUUUCACCCCAUGCACGCUAAUCCAUGGGUAAGAGUAAGGAGAUGAGGUUGGUAAAGGCGGCAGCUAUUCGUCCCAGUGUCACCGACGGAUUCGUUAAUGAGGUUCGACGGUUGGUAACACUUGCGCCAGGCACUCGGAGUUAUCAUGUCACUACGCGGACUUAAAUAAUACGCAAUAAACUUAUUUCUUGUCGCUAGUGAAUGGCCGAACCUAUCUGGUGAACAUGGGUGUCUUCAGUUCAUUACAUUCAAUUUUGAAUUCUUAAAUUCUAAAAGAUUUUUUAAGAAAGAGCCAUCGAACAUCGGAUGUUGAACGAGUACUAAGAUGAAAAAACAAAUUUAUUAUUAAUUAUCAUUAUCUUACGAAACAUUUUUCCAUGGCCUCACAAGAUCAUAUGCAACAUUUAUUUUUAUUUGACAUUAAUUUGUAAACAAAAAUAAGUGUCUUUUCAGACCAUGCAGAAAUUUAUUGUAAGAUAAUAAUGAAAUAAUAAGAUAAUAAGACAAAUAAUGAAUUUGUUUUUUAUUACCUCAGUAUUCAUCACACAUCCGAUGUCUGAUGGCCCUUAUGUAGAAAGUCCCUUAUAAAGGAAGUCCCAUAGAAAAUCUCUUAUGUAUUAGCAUGUAAAAAAUAUUAAAUUAAUUCAAAAUUGAAUGGACUUGGAACGAACGGAAUCCGGGAAAACUAGUCGAGUAUACAAAUUGAAGUCGGCUGCGGGAAGUCCUGUUUUUUCGAGUUGAAACUACCUAAAGUUAAAACUGAAGUCCUCUGAACUUUAAAUAUAAUAAAGUUACAAAGAUGGUGAAGAAAAAGGGAAUUGUUUGGAACUACUUUACAAAAAGAAUUCGUGGUUCUCAAGUUAUUGCUUUUUGUAAAUUUUGCAACCAGUCAUACAUUCAAAAUGCCACUAGAAUGGAAAAACAUAUAGAACGAUGUGAGAAAUGUCCAGAAAAUAUAAGAAAAGAUUUUGUAAAACUUGUGAGAAACAAACGUGCCAAUUCCUUAAUAAGUUGGUCAAUGCAACAAAAUCAAAAUAACCAAAAUAAUACACACAAUGAAAAUGAAGAAAAUGUAAAUGACUGGGAGUAUGAAGAAUUAAAUAAACAGAUACUUGAAAAUAACUCUGACGAUAUUGAUAUUGAUGAUUCUAAGAAUUGGAUUGAAAAUUCACAAUUGCAACCUGUUGAAUCAGAAGAACCUAAAGAAAAUCAAGAGUGGGAUGUAGCCAGAGAUGAGAGAAGUGCAUCUGUUAAUGAAAGUAUUGCAGCACAAAUUCCAGCAUUACAACGCCCUUUGAAUAGAAGGGUACAUUCCAAAAGGGUAUCUCAUAUGCCAUUGCUUUCUAAUCAUAAUUCAGUAAAUUCAUUUUUAAAUAGUAAAAUCCAAAGAGAACAGUAUUUAGAAAGAUUAGCAUUGAGAAAAAUUGCAGAGUUGGAAUUGCAACGUAAAACAUUAGAGUUUGAAAAAUUAAAGUGGGAACACACAGUAGAAAAAACUAGAAAUGAAAUGAGAUGGGCACAUGAAUGUCGUAUGAUGCAAUUGAAAGAAGAAUAUCAACAAAAUUUAAUUAAACAAACUCAAGAUAAAUAAUUAGUGUUUCAGUUAUAAACAUAGUAUUUUUCAAUCUAACUAUUUGACUACUUUUUAGAAAUUUGUUUAGGCAUUAAUUAAUUGGAUUAUAUUCAUUCAGAAUUGGUCCAUUAUCUUUUAAGUAUUCAACAGUGGUUGACCAGAUAUUAGCAGUCGUCUAGUUUCCUUUAAGCCGAUUUAAUGAUUUAUUGAAUCUUAAUUCCUUUUUUUCAUGAUCAAAUCAAAAUUUCACGUUAAAAUAUUGACGACUAAAUGCUAUCGUAAAACUCGUCUUAGAAUUCGACUGGAGUGGUGAUUGCUAUUGAAAUAUUAUUUUCUUGCAUGGGGACUCGAUUUAUGCAGACUCGGGAAAAUAAGCAUUUUUUAAAUCUCAUCUCGCACGUCGUUUUGAAAAAUAAAAUUAGACGCAUGUACGAAUUCAAACUUCUUACUCGCACUAGUAUCAAAAUGUACUAUUUCUUUUUUAAACUUAAAUUAUUUUUUUCCUACACGAAGUACAACUAAAAAUACUGUAUCCGAAAAAUGAAAUAUUUUUACUGUGAAUUUUCUUUUCGUUUUGGUUUUGUUCAUUAAAACAUGUUUUAAUAAGCGUAGUAUUAAUAAAAGUUAUCGUGACUUUAUGUUUUUUAAUGUAUUUAUAUAAUAAAAUGACAUCAAUAAUUAUUACAUUUUUAACAUAAGAAAAUAAAACUUAUUUAAUUUUAAUAUACAUAGAUGUAGAUACAUAGAUGUAAAAAAUAAAUUUUUCUACGAAAACGUACUAUUGAUGAAAUUUUUUAAUGUCCUUUAAAAAAUGAUUAAUUUCAUUAAAUUGGACUAACGGCAGCUGGAAAGUUAAAUAAA